UUGGAAAUUUGAAACAAACUGUUAUGUGAUGACGUGUAUCCGGGUGUUCCUAGCGCAAUGGCGGCUCAUCCGAGCGAACUGGAGAUUGCAAAGAAGAAUUUAACGGACGCAGUCGGCGAUAACGUGAAACAUUACUGGGCAAACCUGAAGCUGUGGUUCAAACAAAAGAUCAGCAAGGAGGAGUUUGACAUCGAGGCUCGUCGUCUGCUGCCACAGGAGAAUGUACACGUUCAUAAUGAUUUCCUCUUGGCCAUUCUCACACGGUGCCAGAUCAUUGUUUCCACACCAGAGGGUGCCGGGCCGUUACAGUGGUCGGGGAGUUGUGCGUCAAAGCCUGGCAAGCCAAAAGUGAGAAAAAAGUGUUCCUCUAGACAAAAGUUUGAUCAUCGCUUCCAGCCUCAGAACCCUCUUAGUGCCGCUCAGCCAUUCAGCCCUAGAGAGGCAGGAGGUGAGGAAGAGGAACUGCGCCUCAGUGCCCAAACGCUGCUGCUGCCGACGCGGGGCCAGCUGGAAGCCCGUAUGAUGGUCACUGCCUUUGAGCUGGGCCUGGAUAAUGUCACUGAAGAGUCCAUCAGCACUAUGGUCUAUGCUGUGGAGCACCAUCUGAAAGAUGUUCUGACUGCCGUGAUCACCCGGAGGAAGGCCUAUCGAUUACGAGAUGCUCAGUUCCCGUACGCAUUCGGCAGCGAUGUCACACCUCAGCCUUAUCUGAAGAACAGCCUCACUGCCUUCCACGGGAUCAGUGAAUGCCCUCCUCCCAGUGCUUCUCUGCCUGCAUGCCCACCACCACAGGUGUCACCAGAUGAGGCUGAACAAAAAGCUGUUCACCUGCUGGCUUGUUCCUCCGACUCACUUCCUGUGCCGCUCCCUCCAAUCAGCAUGUUUGACCUCCUGGAAUCAUUAAAGGUUCACCGGGGCGUCAUGCCCUCUCACACCAUGUACGCCCUGAACAUGGAGCGCAUCCUGGCUCGCCUGUGGCACCCCAGCCACGAAGAGCUGGAGCAGGACCACGUGCACCGGCAGCGGCUGGCUGUUAAGGAGGGCACGCUGGUCAACUGAGACGCACUCUGCUCUUACUCAGGACUUGAAGAAGGAACCACAUCCCAGGGAACCAGACUGGUGCCCAGCCGAGAUGGGGUGGAGGAUGCUGCGUUUGAAAAAGCAGACAGGGCAACAAAAAAAGACACCGGGAGGCUGUUAAGUUUUCUACUCAUGAGUGGUUUUCCAGCUGUAAUGGUGUUUUGUUUCUUAUAAGAGAAUUGACUUUAGUUGAAAGGUUUCUGAGUUUACGGCCUGUAGGAUGUAACGGCAGAGCUUCUGAACGAGUCCGGCUCUGGAGCCAGCGCUCUGAAGUAUUAGUGGUUCUGCAAAAUAGCUGCAGGUUUAAAUCAGGAUUUUAUUGUGAAAGUUGUAUUUUUCCUAUAGAGAAUCAUCAAUGUUGCAACUUAUCCUGAAACUAUGAAAGAUGACUAACCAGUUAGUUAUACUACAUACGGACAGCCUGGAUGUUGUCGUCAGAGGUGCGUCUGUCCGUCUGAAUCUAACACCGAGUGAAUCACAACCAGCUGUCAGGUCCGUCGCUUCCGGAUCAGUGCAGCAGCAGCGGCGGUAUCGAGCGGGCUGUUAGUUUACGCAUUCAGAUGACUUCUGCUUUACUUCCUGCUUUGACCACCGUUACGGCCAUGCUCAUAAACAUGACGUUUAAGAUUACGUGGACUUUGGUUAAAAUGUUCUCCACAUAGAUUAUUCUUGUUUGGUAAUUAGUUGCUUUCAAUUUUGUAAAGAAUCCAUAAAGGGUCAGAAACCCUGGGUUUGCCCUGUGAGCUGGUAACCUUUGAGUAGCCGGCUAAACACGACCAAACAAGCUGCUCUAAUAACAAAAACAAAUCUCGUGUUUUUAUUCAGUUUGGCAGCUUCUAUCACUUCAGUCAGAACAUUUAGAGUUCGUCUCAGGAGUCUAAACAGUCCAGAGAUGGCUGAAGUUAACACACCUGUGGUUUAUGGAGGUGUGUGUUCAAGUCUGCUGGACAGCUGGCCUCAAAAUUAACUUUACAGGAACUAUGUAGGUGGUCCCGUGUGUGUGUGUGUGUACGCGCGCGCGCGCGUUCAGUGUAAAUACAUCUGUGCAUUUUCUAAGAGGUGUCAGAUAUUUAUGUUCUGAAAUCAUUAAAGCCUUUUUAAUAAAACAUGA